AGCCGAGCUAGAAUGAAUUGAAAUGAUAGAGUAUUAGAUUGCUAGAGUGGAGGAGAAGAGAGGCUUAUCCACGUGAUGGCGUCGGGGGAGCCUCUUGUGCUGCUUGGAGGGUGGAAGAGGCUCCUGGGAGGUGAGUGGAGGGAAGGUCGGAGGAGAAGCCGGGAGCAAGUCGGGCCCUUUGGUUCCUCCUCGGCCUGGAAGCAGCGAAGGGACAAGAAUGCUACAUCUGGGCUGCUGCUGCUGCAUCAUAUUCUAUAUUCUUUCUCUCUCCAAAUUUUAUUCCUUGGGUUGCAGGAUUUAAAGUUGCUGCCUGUGAUUUCACCGCUGGGAGAUUUGGGACAUAUAAAAGGAUCUGCAGCCAUUUUUUAAACAAUAAUGAAACUAAUCCAUUAAUAGGAAUCUUACAGACAAAGUGGAUGUCAAGAAGAGCUGUCUGGGCAUAUAACUACUACAUAACGAAUCAGAAAUAUUUUUGGCCCCCUCAUGAAUCUAAGAAUAUCAGUGUUGGAAAAACCUCAACCACUGCCUAUUUUGGAAAAAACACAAAUUGCAGAUCACAGAUGCACAAGAGGAUCCAUUCCCAAAAACCCAUACAAAUGUUUGGAUUGUGGCAAAAGCUUUACUCAGAACAGGAUUCCUAAGAUUUAUGGAACGGCCAAUGCAGGAGGAACAUCUCUACCAGUGCUCCCAAUUAAUAGAAUUAACAGAAAAGAUUUAGCAUGUAAACGAAUUUGGCGAGGCACAAGGAGACUGACAGUGGAGAAAACCUCUUUGAAUGUCCAGAUUGUGUGAAAAGUUUUACAUGGAAUUCUGACCUGGUUAUACUCCAGACAGAGAAACCAGAUGAGAUGAGAUUAUGAACAAAAUGUUUAACAAAAUGUUAAAUCAGAAUCCUACACUGAGUAUAGCCAAGAUAACUCACACAGGAGAGAAACUGUAUGAGUGUCUGGAUUGUGGGGAAAAAUUUAAUCAGAAUUCAAAGCUGGUGAAACAUCAGAGGACUCACACGGGAAAGAAACCAUAUGAAUGUCUGUAUUGUGGGAAAAGUUUCAGUAAGAAUUGGAACCUGUUGGUACACCAGAGGAUUCACACGGGAGAAAAACCAUAUGAGUGUCUGGAUUGUGGGAAAAGUUUCAAUCACAAAUCCCACCUGGUGAAACACCAGACGAUGCACACAGGAGAGAAACUCUAUUGUUCAGAUUGUGGGAAAGGUUUUAGUUGCAAUUCUGACCUGAUGGUACACCUGAGGACUCACACAGGAGAAAAACCAUAUGAGUGUCCAGAAUGUGGGAAACGUUUCAGUCGGAAUUCCAACCUUGUGGAACACCAGAGGACUCACACAGGAGAGAAACCAUAUCAGUGUCCAGAUUGUGGGGAAAGUUUCAAGCGUAAUUCCAAGCUGGUGAUACACCAGAGGACACACACAGGAGAAAAACCAUAUGAGUGUCCAGAAUGUGGGAAAAGUUUCAGUCGGAAUUCUAACCUUGUGGAACACCAGAGGACUCACACAGGAGAAAAACCAUACGAGUGUCCAGAUUGUGGGAAAAGUUUCAAGCGUAAUUCCAAGUUGGUGAUACACCAGAGGACUCACACAGGAGAGAAACCAUAUAAGUGUCCGGAUUGUGGGGAAUGUUUCAAUCAAAAUUCCAAGCUGGUAAAACAUAAGAAGACUCACACUGGAGAAAAACCAUUUGAGUGUCUAGAUUGUGGGAAAAGUUUCAGUGAGAAUUACUACCUGGUGAUUCACCAGAGGAUUCACACAGGAGAGAAACCAUAUCAGUGUUUUGAUUGCGGGAAAGGUUUCCAUCGAAAUUCCGACUUGGUGAUACACAAGAGGACUCACACAGGAGAAAAGCCAUUUGAGUGUCCGGAUUGUAAGAAAAGUUUCAGUCUGAAUUCCAACCUUGUGGUGCAUCAGAGGAUUCACACAGGAGAGAAACCGUAUAAGUGUCCUGAUUGCGGGAAAGGUUUCUAUCAAAAUUCCGAUUUGAUGAAACACAAGAGGACUCACACAGGAGAAAAACCGUAUGAGUGUCCAGAUUGUGGGAAAGAUUUCAGAUAUAGGUCUAGCCUUAUAAAUCAUGUAAGGCUGGUGAUACACCAGAGAACUCACACAGGAGAGAAACCAUACGAGUGUCUGGUUUGUGGGAAAAGUUUCAAGGAGAACUCCAAGCUGGUGCUACACCAGAGGUGUCACAGAGGAGAGAAACCAUAUGAGUGUCCGGAUUGUGGGAAAAGGUUCAGUCAGAAUUCCGACCUGGUGACACACAAGAGGACUCACACAGGAGAGAAACCUUAUGAGUGUCUGUAUUGUGGGAAAAGUUUCAGUCAGAAUUCGAACCUGGUGAUACACCAGAGAACUCACACUGGAGAAAAACCAUAUGAGUGUCUUGAUUGUGGGAAAAGUUUUAAUCACAAAUCCCACCUGGUGAAACACCAGACGAUGCACACAGGAGAAAAACUGUAUUGUUCACAUUGUGGGAAAGGUUUUACUUGCAAUUCUGACCUGGUGGUACACCAGAGGACUCACACAGGAGAAAAACCGUAUGAGUGCCCAGAUUGUGGGAAAAGUUUCUGUCGCAAUUCCGCCCUUAUUGAACACCAGAGGACUCACACAGGAGAAAAACCAUAUGAGUGCCCAGAUUGUGGGAAACGUUUCAAGCGUAAUUCCCAUCUGGGGAGACACAAGAGGACUCACACGGGAGAUAAACCAUAUGAGUGUCUGGAUUGUGAGAAAAGUUUCAAGCGUAAUUCCCAUCUGGAGAGACACAAGAGGACUCACACGGGAGAGAAACCAUAUGAGUGUCCAGAUUGUGGGAAAACAUUCAAUCAGAGUUCCCAUCUGGUGAUACACAAGAGGACUCACACAGGAGAAAAACCAUAUGAGUGUCCGGAUUGUGGGAAAGAUUUCAGUAGUAGGUCUAACCUUAUAAAUCAUGUAAGGUUACACAUAGGAGAGUAACCAUUCAAAAUUCCCAAUUUGUGGAAAAUGUUUCGCACAAAAUUCCUCCCUUAUCAGAGAAGAAAUUCCACAUGAGGAAAAAUAUUAUCUGUUUAGAGGAAUUUGGAGUUUUGUUCCUUGUCUCUUAGUGAAAGCCCAACUGAGAUAUUGAUAAUUUAAUUUGUUGCAUGAUUCUUUUAGUCAAUCAUGUCUUAUUAUUAAACAUGAGUAAGAAGUUCUGACCAUCCUUUCUCCGGCUCACUGCGGACGUUCCCUUUCACGGAGUCAAGAGGGUCUGCCGUGGUGGGCCAGAGAAAGAGAAUUUGGAUCUCUGUUAGGUAUGUUUGUUGUCUUGAGUUAUUUCUAUAUAUAAUACAGGGGUAUAUAAACACUGUAUGUAUUUUAAUUAGCAUAAAAAUGUAUAUGGCAGCCCAACUCAUGGUGACUACACACUGUUUCAGCAAUAAAAUCUUAAUUCAGAAA